AUGAGCGAGCCUCUCCCAUCGUCUUUCGAAGAACAUCCUCAGUUCCAAGAGGAGACUUCGCUCCAAAAGUUCCGCAGACGUCUCAAGGAAGAGCCUCUGAUCCCGCUAGGAUGUGCUGCCACUUCCUACGCACUUUACCGGGCCUACCGGUCGAUGAAGGCUGGCGACUCCGUCGAGAUGAAUAAGAUGUUCCGUGCUCGUAUCUACGCCCAGUUUUUCACCCUUAUCGCCGUGGUCGCCGGAGGCAUGUAUUACGGUAGCGAGCGGAAGCAACGAAGGGAGUUCGAGCAGAUGGUGGAGGCACGCAAGAGCCAGGAAAAGCGGGACGCCUGGCUGCGGGAGUUGGAGAUUCGUGACAAGGAAGACAGGGGCUGGCGGGAGCGUCACGCGGCUAUUGAAGCCGCGGCGAACGAGGCCGCGAAUGCUAAGAAAUCGUUCCCUGAGCAGGAUGCUGCUCGCUCUGCUAUUGAGCCUUCCGAACAGAAGUCAAUCGGGGUACUAAUUGCUGUGAAGGAGUUGUUGUCGAGGCAGUGA